AUGAACCGUCCAUGCGACUGCCGCAAGUGCUGGACAAAACACGGAUCAGGUGGCCCAACAGUAUCUUCACUGACUAUUCGAAGGCAUCACGAGAGGAAUGGACCACGUCCGGUCACCUCCCAGCCUGAAUCUCAGCCAGUUUCUCCUCAGCCACCGACACCGUCAUCAAACCCUGCACCACCGGUCUUGCCUUCUUUGCGAAGCUGUUCCGACACACUGGUAUCCUCAGCUCAGGAUGAUAUGCUCAAGAUCGGUUUGUCAAACCUCAAGAUUACUUCCUCGCCUCCAGUUCUCAAUAACCUCAUUGAUAGCACCCAAAAGUUGGAUAGCAAAGGUAUACAAUCUCCAGGUGCGACCGAUGGAAGCUGGCUAUUUCUAUGUGUUUCUCUGGUCACUUAUCUCCAUGUGAUUGCAGGAGUCAGCUUGAAGGCUGUUAAUACUACACUUCGAAUCUUACACCUUGCAUUCACACGGUUCACCAAAGGAAUGGUUCUCCAUGAACACGAUCAAUAUCUUCUCAAAACAUUUCCACUUGAAUUUAGUACAGCAAUGAAGUGGUUAGAUAUUGAAGCGGAUCUUGAGCGCAGUGUCUGCUGUCCAAAGUGCUUCAAAAGAUAUCGAUAUCCUUCGGCGGACGAACCAUCAAUCCCUCAGUUAUGCACCCAUCAUAAUCAACAGGCCAAGGCCUGGAGAGACGCGAAAACUCAUAAGGCUCGUGAUCAAAUCUUUGAGACAUGCGGUGUUCGAUGGUCUUGCUUAAACGAACUGGAAUACUGGGAUCCCACAAAGAUGGUUGUUGUUGAUACAAUGCACUGCAUCAGUGGUAUUCUUGAAUAUCACUUCAGGCGUGUUUGGAACCUUGACAAAUUAGGAAAAUCACUUGAAAAGAAGAAGGAUUCAACAUCAGCUCUCUUACAAGAAGCAAUGUCCACCAACUUAGACAUCACCGACAAUUCAGACAUCAACAUGACAGACGAUUGGCAGCCUAUUCAGCUCGAUCUGGACCAUGCAAUGGGUUCCAACAUCACUUCUAGUAUGUCAUCAUUCAAUCAACGUGACCAUGGAUUUGCAUUCAAUCCAUGUGCUCUGAACUCAUUGGAAGAAGGACUUCAAAACGAAGAUGAGGAUAUUCUCUAUGAUGAAGAUGGAAAUGAACUCUUUCUGCAGCUUAAUAAUUCUUCACCUGAUGUAGAACAAAAAGACCUGCUUGAUACGGGUGGGCUUAAGAAGAUAAGAUCGACAAUCUCGACUACAUCCAUUCCAUCAUGGAUGUAUCCACCACCUGCCAAUCUUGGAAGCGCUUCACACAGAAAACUGCGAUCGUCUGAUUGGAUAAUAUUAUUCACGAUCCAUCUCCCGGUGGCAAUGUUUGCACUACUUCAAGCCUCAAAAAUCGAUCCUGAUGUCGUCACAAACGUUCUUCAUCUUUGUAGCUUGACUGAGAUCGUGAUGAAUUAUCAAACAAGUGACAUCAAUAUCAGAGAUUACUUUGAUCAUCUAGUCGCUUAUUGA